UACAGUAGUCGUAGUUGAAUGCGCUUAAACUCAUUUCAAUAAACGCAUAUAAAAUAAAAUUCGGUCAGAACUGUAUAAUAAUUAUUGUUUAUCGUUUAUGUUUUUAUUUUUGUUGAGUCGUAUAAAAAUGUUAAAGGUAUCGUAAACAUAUACCAAAGUAUCUCGUUUAAUAAAAUAAAUUAUAUAACUUUUUUUUUAAUUUUCUGACAACCAAUCACAAUAAACGUUCAACGAUCUUGUCCCUCUCCCACGGUCGAAUUUGUUCAGUUCUUUCUUUCUAUAUACAGUGUUAAACCAUAUUUUAUUUAUUGUGCAUUUUAUUUUCAAUAUCACUGAUAAUAUAUAGGUAUUAUAUUAUUAUAUAACAGCAUGAUAAAUUAUCGUCAGAUUUUUAAAUAUGACUGACAGUUGUUAAUCAACUUCAGAACGUCUAAUAUACACAUAACUUCAAUAGUGACUGGAAUUAAUAAGAUGACAAAUAGCUCGUUGUUUAAAAUAAGAAACCUGAAAGGACUACGUACUCUUAAUGGACAUAAAAUUCACCAUAAAUGUUGGAGGAAUAAUCAUCACUGGUCGAAGUACAGCUACGUGUGCGGGGCCUCGAGUGAUCCGCUCAGAGCUUAUACGAUCGGAGGAAUUUUCAAUGACGCCGUGCAACAGACUCCGGACCGAGAGUUCCUGGUCAGUCGACACGAGAACAAACGAUACACGUUCGCCGCCAUGGAUUCCGAGGUGGAUAAGCUUUGCAGGAGCUUUAAUGCACUUGGCCUCCAGCACGGGGACCGAGUAGGAAUAUGGAUGCCCAAUUGCGCGUUUUACUAUUCUGUGAUUAUCGCCACAGCUCGCCUGGGACUGAUUUUGGUAAACGUCAAUCCAGCUUAUCAGAGCGACGAACUGAAACACAGCUUAACGCUGGCUGAAGUGAAGUGUUUGGUGACUUUAGAGAAGUUCAAGACCCAAAACUAUCCCGAAAUAUUGGAGAAGGUCGAUGCGGACAUUUGGAAGCGACCGCCCAAUACGCCGGUUAAAUCGAAAAAGUUGCCCACGCUGGAAUCGGUUAUUUUUUAUUCCGAAAACUCUUUAAACGGUGCCUUUAAUUUACAAACGUUCUUGGACUUGGGGUCCAAUACAAAUUACAGUAUUCCUAAAGUUCAGCCAGACGAAGGAUGUAAUAUUCAGUUUACUUCAGGUACCACUGGCAAGCCAAAAGCAGCAUUGUUGAAUCACUUUGGACUAAUUAACAACGCCUACUUUAUCAUGAAGCGUUUAGGGAUCUAUGAUGAUGUAAACGAAGGUAAAUUACAUAAAAUGUGCUGUCCAAUGCCUCUAUUUCAUGCUUUUGCUUUAUCCAUUGCUGUCGUCGCACCUUUGGUUACCAAAUCAACAGUUUAUUUACCGUCUGCCCACUUCGAUCCGAAAGCUACGGUUGAUGUUCUUACGGAAGAAAAAUGUACAUUCAUAUUUGGUACGCCAACGGUACAUGUGGACACCAUGUCCGCUUUCGAAAAACUUCCACCAGAACUACAACAUAACGACUUGAAGAUCGCAAUAACAGGAGGUGCCCCGUGUUCUCCGAUUUUGAUGUCCAAGUUCAAGAACAUGUUUCCACGCGCUAAAAUAUUGUCUUUGUUCGGAAUGACAGAAACCAGUCCCUGUUCAUUUCAAAAUUUCACAGACGAUUCAGAUGAACGAAUUAAGUCGACGAUGGGUUUCAUACAAGAUCACGUGGAGGCGAAAGUGAUCGAUACAAAUGGCGAUAUGGUACCGUUCGGGACUCCUGGGGAAUUGUUAAUUCGCGGGUAUCUGAACAUGAACGGUUAUUUUAACGACGAAGAGAAAACAAAGGAAACAAUUGAUUCGAACGGGUGGCUACACACGGGAGACCAAUUCGUUUUGUACGAAGACGGAUAUGGCAAUCACGUUGGCAGAUUAAAAGAAAUGAUUAUCCGCGGUGGUGAAAACUUAUUUCCCAAAGAGAUAGAAUACUUUUUGGAGUCUCAUCCGUCGAUUUCCCAAGUUCAAGUUUACGGUAUACCCGACCAUCGGAUGGGCGAAGAAGUGUGUGCCAGCGUCAUCGUCAAAGAAGGGGCUACGAUCACCGAAGCCGACAUAAAAGCGUACAGCAAAGGAAAGAUCGCCCAUUUCAAGAUCCCCAAACACAUAUUUAUCGAAAAGGACGCAUUCCCGAAGACGGCAUCGGGCAAAGUGCAGAAGUAUAGAUUAAGAGAAAUGGCGAUGCAGCGGAUUUCGAGCCUUACCUAAUAUUUAUUAUAUAACACAAUCAAUAUUUGUGAUAAUAUGUGUUUAUAAUUAUUUAAUCGUACCUAAUAUUAUCCACGUAUAAGUUGUGUUCGUUUGAUGCCAUAGUUUUUGCAACCAUGACAGCUGAGCUGUAUUUUAUCAUAAUAUUACCAUAUUACUGCAGCUAUACGUAUAAACAGGAAAUACGCCGCUACUUUUACAAGGUUCAAUAGGUGUACUGGCUAAAUAAACAUAUUGUGAUUAUUUUUUUUUUCAAUGCUAAUCAAGCGUAACGUCAUUAUAUUAUUGUUUAUUAAUUUAUUAUACAGAUUGAUUAAUCGA